AAACCGUUCAGUUUCAGGUUGGAAGUAGAGAGAGAGAGAAGUGCACCCGCAUAGUUGUCCUUUUAGAUUGAAUUAAAUUCCUUUGUACAUCUUAGUUACAGAUACCAGAUCUAUUAGAGUUUCACUGUUAGGCUGUUGUAUUGGAUAUUUCUUACAAAAUCCAGUCAAAGUGACAUUUUUAUUCUGAUAGGUGUUUGAAGAUUGAACUAAACUAAUUUAGGCUAUACCUGACUCCAAAUUUCAGAACACAAAUAGACAUAAAUAUAUUUAUUUUAUUAUAGUGCCGGUUUUGACUCGCCCAAGCCGACAAAUCAAUAACGUGAUUCAUUCACUACUGUUUGAUAAACAGCUGUUUCUGUCAGUUCGUCUUUAUCAGCUGACUGGGCAAUUGUUGCAGCCGGUUUCAAUCGAGCUCAGUAACCGAUCGUAAAAUAUCGACCUGCAGGUUAUUAUUCUACCCCACAGAGACAUAUUGUUCUAGACUUUUCGAUCGCAGCGCUAUCUACCCGCACACGAUGGAGACAGCGACCGAGCAACUAGUGACAGAACAAAUCACACCAUUGGCUCUACAGCGGCUUUGGGCGCGACGUUUGAAUGGGUCAAUCAUCCAUGAGGAAUCUGAUAUUGCUGAAUUGUUGUUGGACCAUGACGUUUUCCCUUCUGCCCAGGUCGAAGAUGUUGAGGCUGUCUCCAAGAGUCGAGCUUGUAGCCCUGUACCCUGCUUCCAGCCACGGACUCCAGAGCUCGAGUAUGAUGCUUUGUUCAAUGGAUUUACGUAUGAAGAACAAGACCUGAACGCAGAUAUUCCUGGACUAUGUGUACCAGAACCGGUGGAGAGCCGCAGCCAGCUGUUGGACGGUGCGACUCUCAGAGACAUCCCGGCGUUGUACCACGUGCCGGCGCUACACUCCCACGAGCUUGCAGUGGUCGGCGUCUGGGUGGACCCACGUGUUGUCACAGGCUUCAAGUACCGCGUGCGCCCACUUGAGGAGAAGAGAGGCAAGUAUUACUUUGGUGGGAGAGCAUUGGAACUUCAGAGCAUUGGUCGUGGCUACUCCCGCAGAUUUACAUUCCAGCCGAAUAAUGGCAGACUCAACGACAAUGAUAACUACUUCUGGUCUGACUCUCGCCCCGAUGGUUUCACGUUCGAACUGGAAGUGGUCUCUGUUGGGGACAAGUUCACGGUGUUCGAUGCCAACAAUGUUGCCGUAGCCAUCAUGGAGGUGGUCGACACUCAGACACCUCAAGAAGAAGUGGAUCACACAGUACUCAAGGAUGGAACCAUCCAGAAGACAGUCAAGGUGCAGAUGCUUGGAAAAGUCGAGUGGUUUGAAAGCUGUGCAGCAUCCGUUGUGCCUGUGAGUGGAACAGCUGUUGCCACAAGAGCAAAGAACGGACGCAGUGCAUGUGUGGUCCGAGUGACCCGUGCGAUGCUCGGGUCUCAUCCACGCAAAGGCUUCACACUUGUUCCAGGCAUCAACAACAAGCAGCGAUCCACUGUGGUUCACGGCAAGAACAUCGGUGAUGUGCCCACCCGCUACACCAUCUUUGGUCUCGAGCCAUACGAGAUCCCUGUCAUCGGGACUUACAUCGACCCGAGGAUUGUGACUGGUUUUGAGUAUCGCGUGAGAAUGGCCGGGCCACCACGCAAACACUUCUUCCAGGGCAGAGCACUCCGGUUGAUAAGCAUCGGCGCAGGUUACGGCAAGCGCAUCACGUUCACUCCUGACCGCCUUAAUGAGCCCAACAACUACUUCUGGAGCGACACACAUCCCGAUGGCUUAGGGUUCGAGCCCCGAGCAGUUCACGUGGGCCAACGCUUCUACAUCUCUGCUGGUGGCCUGCGGCUGGGAGAGGCUGAUGUGUUUCGAGCUGAUGCCCCUCAGUAUGAGGAGAGACAGGAAUUGGUACAGACUAAGGAUGGAACAACUAUCAUCAAAUACAUCUAUAUCGACGUGACGUGCCACGUGACGAUGGACACUACACGCGCCGGCAUGCUCAGUUCUGCCGCAGACAGCCACACCAUGCGUGUGUCAGGCACGGCGGUGGUGGCACGCACACCCCGUCAGUCCUGCGCAAAGUUGCUCAGAGUGGAGAACAUAGGUCUGGACUCCCAGCUCAACUUACUGUUUGUGAUCCAACAGGCAGAGCUAACAUUCCAUCCAGUCUAAACUCAAACAUAAUCAGUCGCCGUGGUCGUCUUGUCUGGUCGAAGGAGAAGGAAGAGCUCGCUUUAGUCAUCACUGAUGAUCAAUCAUCCUAGGAGCUGAAUCGCUCCAGGCUACAAUUGUUGUCAAAUUGUACUCUAAGAAUAAGACUGAAUUCCAUUGUUUCAUUUUAUAAAUCUAACUCAGUUCAAACGUACUUCUCUGAGAAAUCAUAAUUAUUUAUUGCGAUACACUCCAUUUCAGAACAGAACUGUUUUAAAUUUUUAUUUUUUUACUUUUCAUACAUUAUAACGUACCAGUGUCUUAAAAAAAAACCUAAUGCGCUUUGAAAUUUUUUUAACUUUCUACAACAGUAUUUUUGUACAUUUAUGUGGAAGGGAAUGGUUUACAUCAGUAUUGUUUAGCACAAAAUCGGGUAUUUGUUAACGGCUAGAUAUGGAGAACGUAUUGAUCCAUUGUGAUGAAUUGGUUUUGUUUUAAUAUUUAUUAAGGAAUUGCUAGAGCUGCAGAUAUUCAACUACAGUAUAUGUAUUAGAUAUUUUGUUGCAUUGUACUCUUACUAGAUUAUUGAUCUUUUCAUGGCUGUGUUUGGAUAAAUUUUAUAAACGGUGCUCUAUAAGACAAUUUUAAUGAAUGCACAAAGAAUUUUUAGACUUCUGAAGCUCAAUAUUUGUUUUACUUUGAGUAAAAUCUUAAGUGCUUAAAAUCUUUGUUCCGUGAUCUAAGUAUAGUAAAACUAGUUUUAAUAAAAUUAUAUUGAAUUAUUAUUUAAAGAAGAGUGAUAUGAAUUUUGUAAUUUUAUUAAAAUAACAGCAUAUAUUUUAUUUAAUUGAUGUUAUAUACUUAAACAUGUUUUUCUUCAAAGUUUUAACUAGAUCUUCACUAGCCACAGUAUUGCUUUUAGUAUUAUCAUAGUAUUAUAAAAUCAAGAUCUAAUUGUAUUUUUUGUAUUCUUUAAUAAUUUAUAUUUAAUCAUUUUUUGUUUAGCUACCACAACAGGUAAACAGAUUAGGAUUUUGGUAUGCAAAGAGGUUUCACAACCAUUAGUAAAAUUAUUGUAAUACUAUGUAUUUGUUGAGGUAUAAUAAAUAAAUACCCGAAGA